ACAUUCCCUCCACGCUGAGCUCUAACAAGCCUUUAUUUUGACAGGAAGACGAUUUGGUUUAGAGGCAGGGUUUUUGGGGCGAGGCAGCAUUUAUUAGGAUGACAUUCAGAAGAAAAUUCAUUCAUCUCCAACACACUCCAAACCCCUUCUGAAUACUCUAGCUUGUGAAAAUGGAGGUUUUGCCUGCAGCAAACACGCAGUUCUCUCUCAACCUGUUCAAGAAGAUCAGCGAAGGAAACGCCUCAAAAAAUGUGUUCUACUCUCCGAUCAGCAUCUCCUCGGCUCUGGCCAUGGUGUCUCUCGGAGCUAAAGGAAACACGGCGGAGCAGAUGUUUAAGGUCCUGAGUUUUACCAAUCCUCCCAAACCCAGUGCAGCAACUCCAGGUCCUCACCAACAAGACCAGAAACCCCAGAUAUCCUGCGGCGUCAAGGGUCAACAUGGACCGUCAAUGAUGCAACAAACCCAGACGUUUGAGCUACCUCCUGAACUUAAGAGAUGUUCUGCUCAGCCGGCACAUGGGCAAAAAACCGAGGAGCAAGUUCAUUCCAGCUUCAACAAGCUCAUGAGUGAACUGAAGAAACCAGGAGUCCCGUAUGUGUUGAGUCUCGCCAACCGCCUCUACGGAGAGCAAUCCUACCAGUUUGUGGAGAAAUUCCUUAAUGACGCAAAAAGGUACUAUGAAGCCGGACUGGAGAAGGUGGACUUCAAGAAGAAAUCCGAGGAUGCACGUGUCAACAUCAACAAAUGGGUGGAGAAAAACACUCAAGGAAAGAUCAAGGACUUGCUUCCAAAGGAUUCUAUCGAUGCGAUGACGAGACUGGUCUUGGUGAACGCCAUCUACUUCAAGGGGAACUGGGAGAAGAAAUUCCCAAAGGAAGCCACCACAGACGGACAGUUCAGGCUGAACAAGACUCAAACUAAACCAGUGAAGAUGAUGUAUCUAAAGGCAGAGUUUUCUCUGGCCUUGAUCCCGGAGAUGAACAGUCAGGUUCUGGAGCUGCCGUAUGUCGGGAAGAAUCUCAGUAUGUUGAUCAUCCUUCCUAACGAUUUUCAAGACGAAACCACCGGCCUUCAGAAGCUUGAAAAGGCACUGACCUACGAGAAGCUCAUGGAGUGGACGAGACCUGAAGUCAUGCGUCAACAAGAAGUUCAGGUAUCUCUGCCCAGAUUCAAGAUGGAGGAAACCUACGACAUGAAGAGUCUUCUGAUCAGCAUGGGAAUGGAGGACGUGUUUGACGGGAAGAAGGUCGAUCUUUCAGGCUUGUCUCCCAACAAUGAUCUGGUGGUGACGAAGGUGAUCCAUAAAGCCUUUGUUGAAGUAAACGAGGAAGGAACCGAAGCGGCUGCAGCCACCGGCGUGGUUAUGAUGACGAGGUGUAUGAGGCUCUCACAGGUCUUCUACGCAGAUCAUCCGUUCCUUUUCUUCAUCCGACACAAUCCAACCAAGAGCAUUCUGUUUCACGGACGCUUCUGUUCUCCUUGAGCGAGUCCUGCUCCUUCAGACCCAUCUAGCCAGUUUAGUUUACUUGAUGUGCUUGUAAUUGAAAUGCAUUACGGUCGUCUCGGUCUCAACUGUUGAUGAUAAUUCAGAUGUCGUGCUUUAGCGCGGGUCUCUGGAUGUCAUAAAUAUAAUCAAACGCAUCCGUUUAUAUUACACACUUGGGUUUUUUUUUUGCAGAUUAUCUGAAAACAAUAAAAGAUAGAAAACGA